UUCUGUGAUGCAGAUUUCUUUAAAACUUGAAAUGUUGCCGUUUUCAAAAUCAUUUUCAUAAAAGCAGCUCAUAUCGGCUAUACUCUGAAGCAGUUCUCGGUGAUCCCAAAACAACAACAAGAAGAAGCAAUUCGUAAUUUGAAAUUAAAGGAAAGAUGAACGACCUGAUGACGAAAUCGUUCACUAACUAUGUGGAUCUAAAGAAAGAGGCAAUGAAAGACAUGGACCUUGAAGCUGGGAAUUUGGAGCUGUCAACAAACAUGAACAGUGACCUGGGUCUGUUCCUGGAAGAGGCAGAAAAGGUGAAGCAGGAGAUGGCUUGUGUGCGUGAUAUUCUGGGCCGAUUACAGCAAGCCAACGAGGAGAGCAAGUCCCUCCACAAAUCGGAGGCGUUGCAAUCGUUGCGUAGCCGCAUCAAUGCCGACAUUGUGAGUGUUCUGAAGCAGGCCAGGACGAUUCGAUGUCAUCUGGAAGACAUGGACCGUGCCAAUGCCGCCAAUAAGAGGCUCUCGGCCGCGAAAGAAGGCACCCCGAUUUACAGGACGAGGAUGGCGGUCACCAACGGGCUGCGCAAGAAGCUGAAGGAGCUUAUGAUGGAGUUUCAGGGUCUGAGGCAGAGGAUGAUGAGCGAGUACAAGGAGACUGUGGGGAGGAGGUAUUUCACAGUGACAGGAGAGAAGGCGGAUGAGGAGGUGAUCGAAAAGAUCAUUUCGAAUGGUGGGGAGGAGUUCAUGGGAAGAGCCAUACAGGAACAUGGGAGGGGGAAGGUGCUGGAAACUGUGGUUGAGAUACAGGACAGGCACGACACGGCAAAGGAUAUCGAAAAGAGCUUGCUGGAGCUGCAUCAGGUGUUCUUGGACAUGGCUGUGAUGGUGGAGGCUCAAGGUGAGCAGAUGGAUGACAUUGAGCAACAUGUGAUAAAUGCUUCACACUAUGUCAAGGCUGGAACCAAACAACUCAACACUGCCAAGGGAUACCAGAGGAGCACCAGGAAGUGGAUGUGUAUCGGAAUCAUUAUUCUCCUCAUACUCAUUCUUGUAAUUGUCAUCCCCAUCGCCACCAGCUUCGCCCAUUCUUGAACUUGUUCUUGACUUACUGUCUGUGUUAUUCUUAUUCUUUAUUAAUGCGUGCAUCUUGUAAUCAAUCUGUGCCUCAACUCAUCAGGUUGAGGCCUUGGAAGGAUGGAUGUUAAUGUUUUGCAUCAUUCUGUUAUAAAUUGAUAUCGGAAGUUCUAUUAUACA